UGAGGAGAGGAUGUGACUGCAAAGCCAGGAAGCUACGGGGAAAGUUCUUAUUAAAACGCACAAACAAAAGCCAGGUCCUCGCCGUGCUUGGCGAUGCGUCUGGGGCAGCCGUGGUGAUUUGGACUGGGCCGGGGGCCCAGCCGAGCAAACAGUUUGCUCCCAAGCACACGUGAAUGACCUCCGUGACGGACAUCCCCUCCUCAGGAGGAAAGAGCUGGAACCAGGUGACCUCGUGUUCUCGCUGCUCAGCGUGAGCCUGUGUUCUCGUCCUUGGAUGCCUUUUCCGGCCUGAGCCCUCUCCUCGAAAUCAGGCCCGGCCGAGGGAAGGCCCGCACAGCACGUGGCUUGCGUGUGCACGUGUGUGCGUGGUGCGUGGUGCCAGUGAGAGAGCGAGGGGCGAUGGGAGGCUGAGGGUGGCUGUGAGGUGCGGUGUGUGCGGUGUGGGGUGUGCCAGGUGUGUGGACUGCCGGAGUGCCGGAGGCGUGGGGAGUGUGCACGUGCAGGCAUGUGUGCGGCGUGCAGGGGGCGGUCGUACAACACAGAGACGAUACAGAGGACGGGGGGGUUGCAGCGGAGGGUGUGCAGGGGGACACCUGUCGCCUGGCCAUGUGGUUUGGCCUGAAUUUCCAGGAGGGUCCGAGGUUGCCUUUCCAGGGGUAGGAGGUCUUCUGAGGUUACAGAGGCCAAGGGGCCACUGUAGGAGUUGCCCUGGGACCCGCUGGGCUGGGGGAGGGGGCGUGAGCCGCCCAGCCUCCCAUAGCCCUCAGUGGGCUUGUCCUCCUGCUUCAAGGGCCUUCCCAGGACUGCCCUCCACUCCAAAGGACUUCUGGAAGGACCCUCCGCACCAGCCCCCCGGGAACGAGCCUGCCGCUCCACCGAUUUCUGAGGAAAUUCCAGCCCAGCCAAACCAGGGGCUUCCAGCUGAUCACGGGUCCACAUCGGGUCACCCGUGCCGAAGGAAUGGGGGGCAGGCUAAGACUCGUCCCUGCAAAGCCUCAGGGGCCCUACGGGUGGGGGGAGGGCCUGAAGGAGCCGGGGCCCUGGUGUGUCCACUUAGCAGGGAGCAGGGGGAGGACUAGGUGCCCAGUAAAUACCCGCUGGGCACCAGGGAGGAGGUGCCCAGGGCCCGGCUGCCAAGGAGUCUUCCUCAAAGGCUGUGCCACUGGGGCUUCGUGCCCCGCCGUUCAGCCCAGGUCACUGGAGAGCUUUUUGGGUCAAGAGGCGUGUGGCUGCUGCCAGUCUGGCCGGGAGUGGUCCCAGACCCCGCGGAGGAGAGAAAGGUCACCGUGGGCGGGUGGGGGCUUCCCUUGGACAACUAUACGGACAGUGUGGACAAAAGUGUCUGGGUCUGAAGAUGACAAAUGGGUGGAGGCGCCAGCACAGGACCCAGAAGGAGGGCUGCCCCGUGAGACCAGCCUGACCCCCCGCUCACCCCUCCUGCCUCGACACCUCGGCCCAGUGCAGCCUCAGGUGCAGGGUUCACGCGUGCGUGGUGCACCCAGGACGGCGUCCAGAACAAAACCCCAUGGCUGGGAGCGAGGCUCAGUCAGGCAGCCCAGCACUCGAGAACCCCGAGCCCCCCGGAGCCUCGGUACAGGCUGAGUGCGGCUGUACUGCAGCCCCCCUGCCUGUGGGUGGCAGCCCUGUCCCAGGGGACCUGGGAACGAGGCCAACUCCUGGGCUCACGAGGUGUGCUGGGAGUGCUGUCCCACCCUGGGCUGUCACCGCGUCCCUGGGGCAGAUGACGUGCAGUCUAGGCUGUGCCUGGUGCUCUGGGGCCUCCACGCGGCAGCUGGGGCAGAGGCAGUGCUUCAGUGGCCAGAGUUACACGUUAACUUAUCCUGUUCUUGUUUAACUUGCUUCCGGGGAUGGCGGCAGCCUCUGACCCAUCCUGGUGCCCUGACUGACUGGCCACAAGGACAGAGAGUGAAUCCUGCCCAGCCCUUGAGGGAUCAGUCUGCUCGGCCAAGGAGCCCCGGGGAGCCGUGGGUGGCACCAGUGUCCAGCCUGCCUUGAGGAGGCCCCGGCCAGACCAUGGCAGGAGCCUGCGACAGGGCCCCUGACUUCCUCUCCCCAUCUGGAAACCAGGUCCUGUGGCCUGCCCUGGGCAGUGUGGUCACUCUGAACUGCACGGCCUCAGUGGUCUCUGGGCCCCACUGCCCCUUGCCCUCGGUCCAGUGGCUGAGAGAUGGGCUGCUGCUGGGCAAUGGAAGCCACUAUGACCUCCAUGAGGACUCCUGGGUCAAGGCCAACUGGUCAGAGGUGCUUGUGUCCAGUGUCCUGGGGAUCAACCUGACCAGUACUGAAGACUUCAGGACCUUCACCUGCUCCGUCCAGAACAUCAGCUCCUCUUCCUUCACUCUUUGGAGAGCUGGCCUGGCUGGACACGUGGCCGCGGUGCUGGCCUCACUUCUGGUCCUGCUGGUCCUGCUGCUGGCAGCGCUGCUAUACGCUAAGUGUCGACUCAAUGUACUGCUCUGGUACCAAGACACGUAUGGGGAGGUGGAGAUGAACGACGGGAAGCUCUACGACGCCUACGUCUCCUACAGCGACAGCCCCGAGGACCGGAAGUUCGUGAACUUCAUCCUGAAGCCGCAGCUGGAGCGGCGUCGGGGUUACAAGCUCUUUCUGGACGACCGCGACCUCCUGCCUCGCGCGGAGCCGUCGGCCGACCUCCUAGUGAACCUGAGCCGCUGCCGGCGCCUCGUCGUGGUGUUGUCCGACGCCUUCCUCGGCCGGGCCUGGUGCAGUCACAGCUUCCGGGAGGGCCUGUGCCGGCUGCUGGAGCUCACGCGCAGACCCAUCUUCAUCACUUUCGAGGGCCAGCGGCGCGACCCCGCACACCCUGCGCUCCGCCUGCUGCGCCAGCAUCGCCACCUGGUGACCCUGCUGCUCUGGAGGCCCGGUUCCGUGACACCUUCCUCCGAUUUUUGGAAAGAGCUACAGUUGGCAUUGCCACGGAAGGUGCAGUACAGAGCGAUGGAGGGAGACCCCCAGACCCGGCUGCAGGAUGACAAGGACCCCAUGCUGAUUGUGCGAGGCCGGGUCCCAGAGGGUCGGACCCUGGACCCGGAGCUGGACCCUGACCCUGAGGGGGACUUGGGUGUACGAGGGCCUGUCUUUGGGGAGCCAGCAGCUCCACCGCAUGCAAGUGGGGUCUCGCUUGGAGAGGGCCAAGGCAGUGAAGUGGAUGUGUCGGACCUUGGCUCCCGAAACUACAGUGCCCGCACGGACUUCUACUGCCUGGUGUCGGAGGAUGACGUGUAGCCCCUGCCCCGUGGAGCAGCAGGUUCACCAGGGACAGCUGGGGCAGGGCUGGGGUGGGUUUUUUUCCCACUCAGCAGGACCACGAGCCCUGUCUACCUGCAGCCUGGGGACCUCGGGGAAGGAGAGUGGGCCCAGCGACCCUCCUUGUGCCAGAAAUAAAGUCCUUUGGAAUCCUG